UGCCUGCUUGUCGACACUGUAGGAAACCAGUGGCGCUUUCGAUAUCGAGCAGCCUGCUGCACCUUUUGCGUGAAAGCGCACUUUUUGUCCUAGAGCUAUUUCGUGCAUCAGGGAGAAUAGACAACCUGGACUGGUGUGGAUAUUGGUUAAUUACCUCCGCCUAAUGUGAAUUUUCAUAGACCACUUGAAACACGAACAAAAGCAAUGGGAGCAUUUGGUGUGAUCAUAGGGAUUUUACAUUAUAUGGGACUCUAUCUUCAACUUAGCACCGCUUUCAAACCGAUUGAACAUGACGAAGUGGACAAUCAGAUAUCUGGAAACGCUCUCUUCACAGAGGUCCCGCAUGACAUUACGACACAGAGUGGACAGGAUGUGGAGAUGGCCUGUUCAUUUCGAGGCGCCGGCUCUCCCUCCUACUCCCUAGAGAUCCAGUGGUGGUACAUCAGGAACCAUCGAGAUUGGCCCCAGAAGCCUGCCUGGACCACCAAUCAGGUGGUGCCCAUGGAAGAAUUGUCAAAGGAUGCUACUAAAAUAAGUGUGGUGAAGGUGGCAGGGAGCAACAUCUCCCAUAAGCUUCGUCUCUCCAGCGUCAAGCCGUCAGACGAGGGGACGUACGAAUGUCGCGUUAUCGACUUCAGCAGCUCUGUGGCACAGCACCACCGGGUCCGGGCCUACCUCCAGGUGGAGGCCGAACGAAGCCAGGGUCACGGGUCGGCGGACACCCAGGCUCAGGAGCACCGGCACAAGGGACAAGGGAGCCCGGUACACCCCCACCAAACAGAGGCUCGGGAACUGAAGAGGCGAUCGGCCGAUGACAGCAACACUGACUGCACUGAGAGCUGUGUUCUUUAGAGAGCUGUGGGUGCUUUAACACAGUUUUGUAGGGGAGAUGAAGAGUGCAUGUUCCCGAUAAUCUUAAGAAGGAUGGUUAUUCUAAACAUCUGGAGAGGCCAGGAUGAGAAAAAAAAAAUACACCUGAACCCUUUUUCCUCCAGUUCAGUGCUUAUUUAUUAAUACGUUUGU